AUCUGUCCUCUCCACUCACACCCAUAGAACAGAGCUGCUACAAGAUUAUCAGAAUAAUAGCUAUGAUGGAGACACUCGAUUUUCUAUACCCAUCCUCUUCCUUCAUCACAACCAUGUCUAUGAUAAAUAUUCUAGGAUUAUCCUUCUUUGGAUUCCUUGAAAUGAUGGGAAUUAAUCUUCAGUAUUCCAAAUUAUGGAAUCCCAAUUCCAAGAGAAUCAAAGUCUCCAGCAGAACGGGGAUGCUUCUACUUUACACUCCGGCCUUUCUGGUGGGUUUUGCUUCCUUUUGGAUUUUCCCAGAAAAAGGUUUCCGAUCUCUGUUGGUCACUGCAGCUCUUACCAUCCAUUUCUUCAAGAGAGUUUUGGAGGUGCUGUUUGUACACAAAUACAGUGGUGGCAUGGUCCUGGAUUCUAUCAUUCUCAUCUCUUCUGGCUAUUCUACCACCACUGCAACCAUGAUCCAUGCCCAACACAUUGCUCAAGGGUUUAUGGAGCCAGCAAUUGAUCUCAAAUGCCCUGGGAUUCUACUGUUUUCAGUGGGAAUUUGUGGUAAUUUUUACCACCACCACCUCCUUUCCAAACUAAGGGGAAAAGGUGAGAAAGGCUACAAAAUUCCAAAAGGGGGUCUCUUUCACCAAGUUAUAUGCCCACACUAUCUUUUUGAGAUUCUAGAGUUUGCUGGGGUAUUCUUCAUCUCUCAAACACUCUAUUCAUUAUCCUUCACAAUAAGCACAACUUUGUACUUGAUUGGAAGGAGUUAUGCUACUAGGAAAUGGUACAUAUCCAAAUUUGAGAAUUUCCCUAGGGAGACCAAGGCUCUAAUUCCAUACAUUUUCUAGAUGUAUAUUAAUGAAUUUGGUAUUUGCCUAAACAUAUUAUGCACAUAUGAUGUUGAAUUAUAUAUUUAUAUUUGUAUGUUUACAAUGAAGUUCACAAUAUCCAUUCAAUUUU